GUUUUCUUUGUGGACUAUUUUGCCUCACAUCACCCUGCAUGUUACGUACCCCUCCACCAUGAAUGUAUAUUGAAAAAUAAAACAUUUUAGGUGAUAAGCUCGUCUCAAAACCUUUGCAAAACAAUGUGUCAGGCAGUAGGCAAAAUAUUCAUACCUGUUUUGUGAAAUAACUUUCUGUGAGGGAGCAUUUAGAGGUGGACGUCUGGUUCCUAUCACCACCGCUUUGAACAAUCCUGAGUACACAUCAAACCACUCUGAAUGACUUUGUUUACAUUGUAUCGAUUUAUUCAUGCAGUCACACUGCAAAAUCUAUGGAACUCUGCUUUAUUAUGCAGCACUUUCUUAAUCGAAAGAUUUAAAUAUUCAGUAUGCACUUAUUAUAUGCAUGUCAUCUCCUCCUUCUUCUGAAAAAUAAGGCCAAAUAUGUUGCAUAUUUCAAAAUUGCUUAUGAUACUGUACGUGUACAACAACUAAAGCAUCGUAUAAAAUAAACAUUUGCUUGUAGCACAAAACUCAAAGUGAAAAGCUUUCGUUAUUCACUACUACAUGCAGCUCAGUCCGUCUAUUGACUUGUAUCAGCUAUUGUUUGCAAAGCAAAGGGAGGGCAUGAGAACCGCACACCUGAGUACAGGUCACUAUCUCAAAAAACAAACGGACACGAGGGCUAACCCGCACUACCUGGAGUUUAAUAGCAAUGCCAAGGCAGCAGGUGAUAAACACAUUUGCAGCAGAAGUGUGGCGACCGCAGGCAGUUCAGAGGAGGAGAAACAGGUGGACUGAGCUGAGGGACAGCGUGCAGUGGACUAUGAAGCGAGGCAAAAGAGCAGAUGAAGAUGCAGUCAGAGCCAAACCACUGACAGACAUGCAGGACCAGAGGAAAGCAGAGAGAGAAACUGGGCUGCGGAGUGGGGACCCCGCGCGCCUGCCCACACCUGAAUCAGCGCUCACUCACCUCAGCGACCUGCAGCAGCAGCCGGGGUGGCUCAGGGUGGAAGAAAGUGUCUCCUCGUUGUCAAGGGUAACCAGAGACUCAGUGAAGCAGUACCUGCAGUUCAGACCUGACCAGUCGGUGCUCAUCCUUCACGCCAAAGUGGCUCAGAAGUCCUACGGCAAUGAGAAGCGAUUCUUCUGCCCUCCUCCCUGUGUGUAUCUGUAUGGGACAGGAUGGAAUCUCAGACAAGAACAUCUUAAAGGUCUGGGUGAGUCUAGCUGUCGUCUGUGUGGGUAUAUGUGUCUGGACAGCUCCCCUGGGCCCCAGGCAGACAGCUUCAAGCUGAGCUUCGAGGAACAAACAGACAAGAGGAUGUUCGCCUGUGCUAAAACUCUGUACAUCUCAGACACGGACAAGCGCAAGCACUUCCGUUUGCUGCUUCACCUGUUCCACAGCGGAGGGCAGGAGAUCGGCUCUUUCCAGAGUGGACUCAUUAAAGUCAUCUCCAAACCAUCACAGAAGAGACAGUCGAUGAAGAACGCCGACCUGUGCAUUUCAUCAGGUUCAAGAGUGUCAUUGUUUAACCGCUUGAGGUCUCAGACGGUCAGUACGCGUUACCUUGCAGUGGAGGGUGAAGCUUUUGUCGCCAGCGCCAGAGAGUGGACUGCCUUUACUCUCAUUCUAGUGGAGGAUCAGCAGGCUGACCAUGGUGAUUACUCUGUGUGUGACAGUUAUAUCUGUUAUGGUUGUGUGGUACAGCUUGUGUGCACGGAUUCAGGAGUCGCACUGCCACCCAUGGUCAUUCGUAAGGUGAACAAGCAACACGCAUGCCUAGAUGUGGACGAGCCUGUGUCCCAGCUUCAUAAAUGUGCCUUUCAGUUCAGAGACAGCAAGCACAUGUACCUCUGCAUCGCCAAUGAAAAAAUCUUACAAUACCAGGCCUCUCCAUGCCCAAAGGAGACCACUCGAGAGCUGCUGAACGACGGCUCGUGCUGGACCAUAAUUGGUACGGAGGUCAUGGAGUACACGUUUAGUGAGAGCCUCGCCUGUAGUCCAACCACCAUCAGCCCAGUGCCUGUCAUUCACGGACUGGAGUUAAACGGGGGAGGUCAUGUGGCCAUGUUGGAGCUGCAUGGAGAAAACUUUGGUCCUCACCUGAAGGUCUGGUUUGGGAACAUGGAGGCUGAAACUAUGUUCAGGAGUCCCAGGUCUUUGCUGUGUGUCGUCCCUGAUGUCUCGGUCUUCAGCGGAGAGUGGAAGUGGCUCAGGCAGCCCAUCACUGUCCCCUUAUCUCUGAUCCGGCUGGACGGGCUGGUCUACCGAAGCUCGUUCACGUUCACCUACACACCAGAGCACAGCGCCUCCUCUCAGCCGAGCGCUUCUACUGAGAGAACCGCCAGCUCGGACCUGCUGAUCGACACCAUCCACCAGGAGUUCACCAGAACCAACUUCCACCUCUUCAUGCAGAGCUGACAAAUAACACCUACAGAUAUGAGACUGACCUGAACUCCUGCGGCUGAUUUGUACUCAUUAUUCUCAAAAUAUCAGUUUUGUUCUCAGCUGGGAUGUUUCCUGGAAACACCUGAAAUACUGGAAACUGAGCUUUAGUCAAGUUUGUUUUUUCGUGAUGUCAUAUGUCCACAUAUUUAGCCUAUGCCUAUUCACACUGAAGUUAUAAGGAGUGUUUCAGUCCGGACUGUUUUCUGAAUAACAUGCAAUACAGUUCAGCCAAUCAGAACAGAAGUAACACACACAUGCUGUUUUAUUUUACUAGAGGUUAGAAAAUGUGAAAAUGACCGUGACAUGACUGUGGACCUCAGGGAAAAAUAUGACAACAAUUAGGGGUAAUGCUUUAUUUGGAGUGGACCUUUGUACAGGAUCAAUAAACUCUUAACAAAUUAUCAGUAACACAUCAAUAACAUAUCAGUGAAGUAGCUGUGGAGCGGAUAUCUGAAGACACUGAAAUAAAUAUCUUGUAGAUGUUCUGUUGGUGCGUUACUUACAUUUAGUAGAUGUGUUGUUAACGUGUUACUUGCAUUACACAAAACCUAACCUUACCAACUGUAUGCUCAU